UUAGAUAUUUAAUUUCUCUUGGUCUGCUCUAAUUGUUCUGAUAAAAAUUUAGAGAUCUUGUAAAAGAAUUGUUGCAGAUGAGUGCUUUUCGACAUUUUUCAAGCCGUUAGGCUUAAAUCAUUAGUAUGUACCCCUAAUCUUGUAACAAUUUAAGGAUAAAGUGGUAUAUUUCUUCCAGAUUAGGGCUUUUCAGUAAUGCUCCAGCUCUUAUUCUGGCAUCUGCACGUAUUUUGAUUCCUCUUUUCCGCUUUUUUUGUUGUAAUAAUUCAAGUAUUCAGUUAAAAUUCUUCCAGAUUAUGACUUCUCUGCAGUGCUCGAGCUAAUAUUCUUGGAUAUUUAAGUAUUCAGUUUUUUUUUUUCAGCCCCCAAUUUUUUUAAAAUACUGAUUCUAGCUCUCUUAUUCUGCAAUAUACCUACGCUUCUAAUUAUAAUCUAUAUUGGCAUUGGCUGGAAAUCAGCACUUACGUUUCAUGAAUGAAAGAGUUGGAACUCACAGCUUCGUGGACUUUGAGCAGCGAUAUUGAUGGAAGCCAAUUAUAUAGCAGCGAGAUUGAAAAGAACGAUGGAAUAGCAGUUUCUUCAUUGAGAUCUGAUCCUGUUGGCAAGCUUGUCAACAAGAAGAGAAGUUAUGCUCAGUACCAUUUGGAAUUGGGGCAGUCUGAUUUCCUCCUCCACACUUGCUCUGUUUGUGGUCUAAGGUAUGCUCGUGGUGAUGAGGGGGAUGAGAAGGUUCACAAGACCUUCCAUAAGAGCUUCUAUGAGGGGAUCCAUUUCAAGGGUUGGCGCAGUGAGAGACUGGUCUCUAAACCUAGCUGCAAUGGAAACCGCAUCUUGUUGGUGUUGGAUUGCGACCCCUCAGCUCAAAAGCGCAAGGUUGAAGAGAUAAUUAAGAUUAUGGAAAAAGAGCUUGGGUUCAGUGAUGACCAGCUUCUUCAUAAGCUAUGCAAGGUAUACCUGUUUAUUUCACGUCAUAGGAUUGUUGGCUGCCUUGUUGCUGAACCGAUAAAAAAAGCACAUAGAAUUAUUUCUAAUUCUUCCUCGUGCAAUGAUUCUGAUGAUAUAUCACACAAGUUGGCAGUGGCUGAUACAGAGUUGAUGAGACCAAAGCCGACCGUACAAUUUGGAGCUUUUAGUUUUAAGAGGGAAGCCAUUAAAAGAAGUUGUUCAACCAAUAGCGCCAAGGUGGAUCAGUGGGAUGGUGGAGCUAUCCUCUGUGAGGAGGAAGCUGUGCUAGCUCUUUGUGGCUUUAGGGCUAUUUGGGUUGUACCCUCCCACAGAAGGAAGGGAAUUGCCUCACAACUAUUAGAUGUGGCAAGGAAGAGUUUCUGCAGCAGCAAAAUGUUAGACCACUCUCAGUGUGCAUUCUCUCCACCAACCUCUUCUGGCAAGGCAUUGGCAUCAAGGUUUUGCAGCAGCAACUCAUUCUUGGUUUACAUGGCAGAGGAUGUUUAGGAAAAUCGUCCUAUAUAGGUCUUCGUAUCAGUAUAUCAUUUUUAGAGGAUCAAUUACUUUGAAAAAAUUCAUAAGGGGGAAAGAAUCAACUCAUUUAACUAGAUAUAAAUCAUGCACCAGCUGAUUGAUUAAUGUGGAAUGUGGUGAUGUAGAAUUUUAUUGUUUGUGACUUUUUUUUUCCAAAUAGAAAUCCUACUGUGGCUAAAGUUUAUCUCA